UGCGCGAGCUCGAGCCCAGCCCCCAGCGGUGGGAGCGGGGCUGGGCGCCGCAGACCGCUCCGGGAUCCCUCCGUGCGCGAGGCGCUCCCCGGCCGCCGCGAGGCGCCCCUGCCUGGCCCGGAGAGCCCAGCUUCAGAGGCAGACGGGGCAGACGGAGGAUAAUACUAGCGUUGCCCCCACACACAGCCUCGGGGAUCCGCAGCCUCCAGCCCUUCACCCUAGACCCCACGUGCAGUGGGGCUGGGUCGUUCCUUCCUCCUGGCACCUUGCAAUGGGAACACGUUGGCAGCAGCUUUUCGCCCAGUUGCAGCAAACACGCACGGCACCCUAGAGAGGAGGGGAGAGCCCCUCACCCAGGGAAGGAAUCGGCCUCCCUGGCCUGCAGGGAGCCUGCAGGUCCUUCCUCGGCAGCAGUGUACUGGGGCACCCCCUGGUCUCUCUCCCAUGAAUCGCUGCUCCCGGCACGCGGGAGGCUGUUCCCGCUGACACAGCCAUUGUCAUGUAGGCCGGAUCGUCCAUCUGCUCGCUGCCCAGACACACGCCAUCAGCAUGCAGUGGGGCUACGCACCCUUCCUCUAUUUCGUGGCUGUCCUGGGGCUGGAGGCUGCAAUGCAGAAGGAAUGCAGGAUUAUCGAGGCUCUCCAGAACAAGCUGACAUAUCGGCAACGGCUCCAGUACAUGAAACAUUAUUUCCCCAUCAACUAUACCGUGAAUGUCCAGUUCGAAGAGGUUCUCAAGGCGGCCAACAUUACCAGGCUGCGGGAUCAGAACGUCAGCGAGCUGUCCCUGCGUUACCUCUGGCUCAGUGUGAACUCCCAGGUGCUGCUGAAGAUCUGGGCUGUGCUGCUGGAGAGGCACCCGUCCUGGGAGUACACCCAAGAUCUCUGCCACCUCUUUGAGCAGCUGGCUGAGGAGUACGAGAACUACAACCAGGGGAAUGUGGACGCAAAUGUUCAGGGCGUGGUAGAGCAGGUUCUCACUGGCGACGCAGGGAGCAGCCAGAAGGCCGUGCCCCCCAAAGCCCUGCUGGAUAACUGCGUCAAGGUCAUGUGGCUGCUGUACAGCGAAUCAUGGCCCAGAGGAAGCCAGCACCCUACGAAGCAUCUUCCAAGGUGCCCAGCAGUGGGAGCUUUGCCUUGCUCUCCCAGGGAAGAAUGAGAGCAAAGACAGAGGAAGGGGAGUGCAGAGGAGUGGAUUUUCUCUACCAGAGCCGGGGGAUAAGCUCAGGAAAUCUUUCUGGCACGGGGAAUCUGGGGAAGGUGGUGGCUUCUCCUGCCAUGAACAGGCUGCAUUUGUGUCGCUCUGAGGGUGCGGCUAUGUGUUGCUCCCCGUGCUCCCCACCAGAAUAGAGACCCGAGGGCCAGCUCUGCAGCAGCAGUGGAGACUUGCGGCUCAUUCACGCCUGCCUCAGCAAGGGAUUUUCUCACAAGGGUUGUCAGAGAGAGAGAGAGCGCGUGAUUCACUAUGUAACCUGGCCUGGGGCGUGUUGGCCUCAACGCAUGCCUGAGUCAGGACGCACAGCUGGUACACCGCAGCCCCUGCAGAGAAGAGCUGCUGGAGGGUGCUCCCUGGAGACUGCUGUGACUGGGUUGGCAGCUUUGCGGCAGGGACGUUCCAACCCCUGAAUGUUUAACACAAAGCUGCCGUAGCUGGAACAUCCCCGCUCGGCCUGGCCUCACCUGGGGACCAAAGAGGAAAGGAGCAUCGGGCCACGGAGCGAGUGGGACAAGGGGCUUUGGACCCCGUGUGCGAGGGAGCCACCUACAGGGACACUUUCCAUCCCACCCCAGCGCUGGUGCAUGUGAAUGCAGGGCCAGGCCUGCGGAGCCAGAGGAGCUGAGAGUGCCAACAGCAAUCUGCCCUCAGACUCUUCCUAGAGCUUGUUGUGUUGUGGUUCCUCUCCUGAGCGAGCUGAUGGAUGAUGGAGCCGUGCACCUGCAAUAUGUGCCCAUUGAUCUAAUCCUAGUUCUAAAAUGCCUGCCACCAUUGUCACCUAGCACCUUAGAGCUCAUGACCAGGCUCUUGGGCUGCCUUGUCUGUUCUUUCGCUGGCUCCAGCCUAGGGCUAGGGCACCCGGAGACAUGUAUCUCCCUUUGACCCGUGUCUCCCUGCCCUUUUAGAAGACGUUCUCUGCUCCUGUUUUCAGUGCUGCCAACUCGUGUGGUUUGGUCACAUAUCUUACGACAUGUUUUCUUUAAAGCCCCAAGCCCUGGAAUCACCAUAUAAAUGCACCUUGUCAGCUUGCAUUAACCAAAAAAGCUGGUCUCUAGCUCUCCUAGUCGCAGCUGAGCUUGUAAAUGUGUCCCCUACAGGCUCCGAUGCCAAUAAAUGCAAUAAAGAGCAAGCGAACCCAACUCUAAAUGUGUUGAAUUUAAAGUCUCAUGAUUCAUGGGAUCAGGGAACUCCUUGGAUGUCAUGUGUCCUCCCUCCCGCCUGCUGGGAGACUCGUUGGCCAUGUCUCUCAUGCUGCCCAGGCCAUGUGCUGGGGCUGAAUGGUUUCCGGGCAGGCUAAGCAGCAAGGGCUGUCCUGACCCUCCCCCAUCACACAGAGCUGUUUUGCGUCCAGAAGCUGAAGUGCUUUUCAAAGGGAAAUCUGUAGAUGCGGGAGGACUGGGCUGUGUCUGCUCCAGCCAACUUUGUAGCUGUAAUUCUCCACCAACUGGAGCAACAGUGGAAGCUGCCGUGUAAAUGGCGCAGGGGCGCUUUGCGCUCUGUGCUGUCUAACUCCACCUUGCACAUGGCUAGAGGACACCGUCAUAGAAAUGCCCAAGUCAUCCCUAUACUGCGGCUUUCGUCGCAGGCACCGCUGGUGGAGAAUGAUGUCGAAGUUUGCCUGCUAAGUCAAGCCAGAGAGGAAAGAGAGAGGGUUUGCAACACUGAUGCACGACAAGAGGGAGCAGCGUACAGGGAGUUGGCCAUAGAAGCUUUGCGUCUGGUGGAAACAUUGGUCCCCGGGGUUAGCCUGGCUCGUGAAGGUGGCAAAUGGCAGAUCACCACUGCUGAACCACGACUACCGUUCCGUGCUGUUGGCUGCCCUGUAACUGGUUCCCUGGAAAGCGCUGACUCCUCAGAUGGCCCGAGGGUUGAGCAUGUCUCACAGACCUGGAGGGAGCAUUUGACCCGCACAAACAGGAAUUGGGUUUGAACCGAUGUUGCAGCUGCCUCCCUCCAUAUGGUCGUUGGCUUUAGUGUAGAGGGGCCGUCUGUCCAGGUGUGGUGGCCGGGAAGUGAGAUGACAGCCGUGGGACAGACUGGUAGCAGGUGCUGUGGCUCAGUGGAGAGUCCAGGGCCUGCAUGUUAACAAGACACCUCAACUUUUAGGUGCCCAAUUGAAGCCCCUUUGAAGGGCCAGAUGUUCAGAAAGGGCUGACCACACCCUGAUCUCUUUAAGGCAUCUCCAUCGGGCCCCCAAAGGGUGGGUCACCCCACACUAGUCAGGAGUGAAACUUGACGCCUUGAUGUCUCGUCUCUCUCCCAAAUCCAGGGACUUGUUUCCCACAACUCCAGGCUCAUCAGGGCGCCACGCUGCCACUCACGUUGCUCAUGGAGAAGCAGAUUCAACAAGGGAUGGGGCUGGGCAGGGGGAAUUUCUCAAGUUGUUAUUGAACAUAAAGAGUAAGAUGCAGCCCGUUGCCAAAGAAUUGCAUAGCAAUAAAUGGUUCGGGAGCGUGGCUGGAGCUGAAAUGGCCUUGUCUGAAUCUAGCUGAAGUGCGAGACAGCCUCCGCGGCUGGAGAAUCAGAGCACCUGUCAAUCAGUAUGCAGCCGAGGAAGUGAGCUGUAACUCACAAAAGCUCAUGCUCAAAUAAAUGUUAGUCUCUAAGGUGCCACAAGUCCUCCUUUUCUUUUUGCGAAUACAGACUAACACGGCUGCUCCUCUGAAACCUGUCAAUCUGUAAUGUAUCCACCCCUCCCCCCACCGGGCAGGGCAACGGGGAACUACAGCACAGGGAGACUAAAGCACUGACCCAAGGUCACACCAGGAGUCUGUGGCAAAGCAGGGAAUUCGACUCAUGUCUCUUACAUGAUAAGCUGCCACCCAGACCAUUGGGCCACCCUGGAAUGACCAUUUAGCAUGAUUCGGCGGCCAGUGUUUAUUACCUAGGUGAUCUCUCUCUGGGUUGUGACCCCCAGCGGAGUCUCACACAGGCGUCAUGGGGUCACAACCUCCCUAAACGGGGAGGCAGGUCCCAGCUGGUGGAGGUUGAGACGCACAAACAGAGGACUAAUAGGUUACAUGGCAAAUAAUUCCCGAGUCCGCUCUUAUAUAGAGCCCCGGGCCAAGUUCAGAAGCCAGGUGUAUAGUGGAUGUAAGUUACACAUGGAAGAGCAGGUGGGGAGGAGGGGAACAAAGCGGGGCUAAAGUCUGGUCUACGGUACAAAGUUCGGUCGACGUAAGGCAGCUUACAUCGACCUAAUUAUGUCUGUGUCCACAUUCCAGCCUUGCUCCCGCCCAUGCAAGUUCCCUGCUACACCAACAUAAGAACUGUUUCUCCAGGAGAGGCGUGGACUUACGUCGGCGUAGUUAGGGUGACGCAGUGUCCGAGCAGACGCUGCCGUCACUUACAUCCGCUGUUGGCUGUCAUUCUUGUCACUUGACAAGAAAGGCUGGUUGGCUCCCUGCUGUGAACCCCGCACUCACAACUUAG